AUGUUCCCGUCAUCUAUGCGCAGCGGCUCUUGGCUACAAGCCAGUCUCAUUGGCGCCUGGCUCUUUACCGCUGCCCGGGGGAGUCCCAUUGAAUCCAAGAGCUCUCUGGUUGUUCACAUCCCAUCAUACGGUUCAUAUGUUGGAAAAACGCUAUACAACACCACGUCCGGUUACCCGCUCGCGACGCCGGUAAACGUGUGGUAUGGCAUCGACUAUGCAGAGCAACCCGUCGGAGCCCUUCGCUUUGCCCCAGUCGGAUGGCCCUCGCCCAAAAACGGGACAAAAGACGUCACGUCAUACGGCAAAGUUUGCAUCCAAGAGCCUGGCAACUCAAACUUGGUCACCUUUGUCAAGGCCGAAUUGGAAUACGGCGAAGACUGCCUCAACUUCAAUGUGUACAAGACGACUGGGGUGAGCAUCGAUAAGAAGCUACCCGUUUUGGUUUGGAUUCAUGGCGGUCUAUUCCGCAACGGUGCAGGCAUCAUCUUUGACGGCGCUUCACUGGUUGCCUCCUCUCCUGAGCCACUCAUUGUCGUAACUUUCAACUACAGGCUGGCUGCUCUCGGUUUCCUAGCGAACCCCCUCCUCGCAGACCUCAGCAACGUCAACCUCGGCCUCCAAGAUCAACACCAGCUUCUCCGCUUCGUCCACCGGCACAUCUCCGCUUUUGGAGGCGACCCGGACCGCGUCACCCUGGGCGGCAAGUCCGCCGGCGCUCACUCGGUCGGGUUCCACUAUCAGGCUCCGUUCCCUUCCGGCGAGGCGCUCUUCCAGCAGGCGAUCUUCCAGUCGGGCGGUCCGACGGGACGUUCCUUCCCCGGCGCGUCGGAUCCGUUGACUGUCAAGCAAUUUGAGCAAUACGUCCAUGGGGUCGGGUGUCAGAGUAAUGCUACCGCCGAGGCUCUGCUCUCGUGCUUGAGAGCGGUGAAUGUUGAAGUCAUUGAGGAGACGGCAACUGCUUUGUUGGCUGCGUAUCGAUACAAUGGCACGCAUCCCUUCCAACCUGUGUCUGACGCCGUCAUGAUUCCCCGCCUCCCAUCAGAGACCUGGGACUCGAACUCUUGGAACCGCCUCCCCGCUCUGACAUCUUUCGUCACCGACGAGGGCAGUCUAUACGCGCCCACCAACCUGACCACGGAUGAUGAAGCGUGGGGCUGGCUCUCCAACCUCUACCCCGGGCUCAACGAAAGCGACAGAGACGUCUUCUCCCGCCUCUACCCUGAUCCCCAGACAGACCCAGCAAGCCCAUUUGCAGACUCUCGGGGCCAGUCUGCGCAGUUCACCCGACUCUCUGCGGUCUACGGCGACACAUCAUAUAUCAGUGUCUCCCAGGAGAUUGCAUCUCGUCUCUCGGCCGCAGACGUUCCCGUCUGGAAGCUGCACUGGAACACCAACAAUAGCGCGGCUGCCUACCUGGGGAUCUUUCAUGGCUCCGACGUCCCGUAUGCUUGGGCCGAGCCGGACACGCAGUACCCAGAAGCCGGAACAGUGCUGUCGAGGUAUUACGCUAGUUUUGUAGUCAGUGGUGACCCAAAUACGUUCAAAGCCGCAGGUGCCGCUGAAUGGAAGAAGUACAUUGACAGCGGGUCUGACGAGUUGGGAUGGCAAGUGAAUGUCAGUAAGAAUGGGACAAGGAUCGAGAAGGAUAACAUCCAGAGGGAGGCAAUCGAGUACUGGCGAGCCAAUCCGGAGAAAUUGGGCCACUAA